AUGUCAAUGCAGCCGCCAACGCGUCCCUACCGGCUCUACCCAGCCUACUGCUUCCGGGCGUCACCGACUUUCAACAUAUGGGCGAAAAUCACUGCCGCAGAUGUGCAGGCUCUACAGACGGAGAAGGGAUUUGAGGGACAGCGUAUAUACUUCCAUUUGAACCACCCGAUCCGCUAUGUUCGCGUCGUUGGCGUCAUCGUCGCCAUCGACGACAUCAACCUCCGAUACACCGUUCUCACCCUCGAUGACGGAAGCGGCAGGACCAUCGAACUUAAGAUCGUGCGUUUACCUCCAGCGGAGCGGAACCCAGUAGACACCUCUUCGAAUACAGAGCUAUCCAAUGUCGACAUCAUCAGCCGGUGUGGCAUCUUUGAAGUGGUAGUAGACAGUCAGCCGUUGGACAUUGGUUCUGUCGUCAAGGCCAAAUGCACUAUAUCGGAAUUCAGAGGCAUCAAGCAACUGGAGUUGAAGCGGGUCUCUAUAGUCUCUACCACAAACGAAGAAGCAAAAGCUUGGGCAGAGACCGCGGCGUUCAAGCAAAAGGUCUUGUCCAAACCCUGGCACCUCUCGUCGACCGAGCACAAGAAGAUCACACACAGCAUCAAGUCGGAAAAGAAGAAACUGCAGGAGAACGAAAGACGUACGGCUGAGUACGAGAUCAAGAAAGAGGAGCGUAGGAUAGCGAGAGAAGCCUACGAUGCCAAAAGAGACAGGAAACUCGAAACUCGACGCCGGAAAGAGGAGAUAGUCAUGAACACGGGUGCGUUAAUAUGA